CAAAAGCCCGAGAGGCGGGGACGAGCGGGGCUGAGCACCCAUGUGCAGAGGUGACCCACGGAGGCUCAGCAGUGCAAUGCAAAGGGAAGUGACCGCCGUUUAGYCCAGAGGGUUGCAAUUCCUGGGCUCAUCCGGAGGCAGAGCUAACGAGCAAAGUUUCUGAGUCUUCACUGGCGAAGAGAAUUCUCAAAGCUCCUAGCUAUGCGUCUCUCUGUAUUGCUGGCCUUGGCCUCCAAGGUCACUCUGCCCCCUCACUACCGCUAUGGGAUGAGCCGCCCAGGUUCCCUGGCAGACAAGAGGAAGAACCCCCCGGGGACCAGGCGGCGCCCCGUGGUUGUGGAACCCAUCUCUGAUGAAGACUGGCAUCUGUUCUGUGGGGACAUGGUGCAGAUCCUGGAAGGCAAGGAUGCGGGGAAGCAGGGCAAGGUGGUUCAAGUCAUCCGGCAGCGGAAUUGGGUAGUCCUGGAGGGGCUGAACACGCAUUUCCGCUACAUUGGCAGGACAAAGGAUUCUCCGGGAACCAUGAUCCCUAGUGAAGCCCCUUUGCUCCACUCCCAGGUCAAACUUGUGGAUCCUGUGGACAGGAAACCCACUGAGAUYGAGUGGAGAUUUACGGAGGCAGGAGAGCGAGUACGAGUCUCCACAAGAUCAGGAAGAAUUAUCCCCAAACCUGAAUUUCCCAGAGCUGAUGGCAUUGUCCCUGAAACAUGGACUGAUGGCCCCAAAGACACAUCAGUGGAAGAUGCUAUGGAAAGAACUUACGUGCCUCGUCUGAAGACACUGGAGGAAGAGGUGAUGGAGGCAAUGGGGAUCCAGGAGACCCGGAAACACAAGAAARCCUAUUGGUAUUGAAUCUGGGGAAGACAGCUUCUCCGGCUUUUUAUCUUAGCCUUGAAGGCCAAAGCACUAUUUUCAGACACCAAUAAAGUGCCGUUAGUCUU